AAGUCUCGAGCUUAUUCUCGUCAGCUCCACAGCCGUAGUGCCGCAAUUCACAGCUUCCCUUCGUUGCCGAGCUGCUGCGAGCCCUACCACGAAUUUCCAACCCAAGCUCUGGCUAUGGCGCCUCUUCGCAAGCAAUCCCACCUGGAUGGCGUCCCCAACCUGCCAUUGCUCACGCGCCGGGCCUGUGGAGAGCUCCGGGCCGCGGCGGAACAGCACUUGCUGCGAGCGGAGGCGUGGCUGAAGCAGGUGAGCGACAGCAUUGUGGCCCGGAAUCCCGCCCUGCAGCAGGCGGUGUUGCGGUUGGGGGAUUACCAGGCGGGCGUGCAGAUGAACCGAGCUCCCUCGACGAAGCAGGUGGCACUGCGGAGCCGUAACUUUGCGGCUAUUAUCCCUGGUGACUCUGUUGCGGAGAUGGUGAUAUCGAGCUCUGUGUACAACUUUCUUAAUCUUUACAAUACGGUGUUGAUUGCGCGGUUGGUGUUGACUUGGUUCCCUAGCGCGCCUGAAGUGAUCGUGAACCCGCUGAGCACGAUUUGCGAUCCUUAUUUGAACGUGUUCCGGGGCAUUAUUCCCCCGUUGGGUACCAUUGACCUAUCUCCCAUUCUUGCUUUCACGGUGCUCAAUGUGUUCACCAGUACUGCUCAGGCUCUUCCUUGUGAGCUCGACCACAAGCCACAGCAGAAGCUCGGAUGGAGGCAGUUGGUGCAGCGCAGGAAAGGUCUGAAGGGGCCUGAACCGAAGUGAGCUUCAUCUUCCCCGUCCAGUUAGGCUUUUGUAGAAUUGAGAUUGGUUCAAAGAGCCUUGAGCGAAAUUGUACCGAGGUUGUACACUUAAUGUCCUUUGUUUCUUUAGACCCAUUCCCUCCCCUUCUGCCGUCCACCCAAUUAGAGAUUAUCUCCUUAAGUGGAGCGUCAGGACCUUUUUGCAUUAUUCUUUCAAGGUUUUUCUUCACGUUUUGGCUUGCACUUGUCUUCUGAUAGUAGCAAUAACAAAUUCAUGUAGCCCAUCAUUGGAUAUCAGAAUUUUCUUCUUUGCACCCAAA